CCUACCGUUAGUGACUGACCAAAGGUCACUCUGUCUUUCUUCCUACCCAUUCCUUUCACCAUGGCUCUUCGACACAACAUCUUGCUUUUCCUUUGCAUUUUACCUUUUGCUAACGCACUCUACAAGCAAUGGAUUCCAGACACCAAUUUUGACAAUGCUACCAACUGGGAUAAAGGCUCUGUACCCUGCGGUAACGACCAAGUUGUGUUUUUAGCUCAGAGGAAAGUAUCAGUGUAUGUUGAAACAGCUCACACUAUCACUGGAAUGAGCUUGCCGGUGGAUGGAGAACUGAUUCUGGCAUCUGGUGCUGGGUUUACUGUAAGAGAGGGUGGAGAUCCUGGUUGUGGAUCUGGGGUCACGGCACACUUUAAAGACCCUGAAUCCCUGAAAUGGUUUGACCCAUCGAUGUGGGUGGCUGCGACCACUAUCGACGACCUGCACAGAGGUACAUAUCAGUUUUCAGUCCAUGAGGAGAGUGUCCCGUGCCAGUAUGAUGAUGUGGUAUUUCGAGAGGCCACCUCAUUCCGUGUGGACGUUUCAUCAGAUCAUGACGUGCCAGUGAAGAGUGUGUCUGUACUUGGGAAAAAGUUCACCAGCAGCUAUGAGUUUUCUCAGUACCUGACAUCCAAUUCUGGCAAGCUGCAGUUCCAUGGCUCCUCAUCCCUUAAAGUUGGCGCUUCGGGCUGUGACGAUGUUACGGGAUGCAUCUGUGAUAACUCUGGAAAUCGAGACAAGAUCUGUUCAAAUGUGAAAUGCGAUUCGUUGGAGUGCAAGAAACCCCUGCACCCAGUGGGACACUGCUGCGAUGUUUGUGGUGCCGUCGUGAACAUUCAGUUCUCUUCGAGCUUCAACUUUGAAUCGUAUCGCCAACGGCUGCAGCACCUCUUUCUCAGUCAACAUAAAUAUGAAUCUACACAGAUGGCCAUGUCGAAAGUGUCAAAAGAGCAGAGGCUGCUGCGAGUGAUUCCUCUCGGAGCCACUCAGGAGAUUCAGGUGUUGCUUCUGGACCAGAAAGCAGGUCAGGAAGCCGGGAAACUGGCUGAAGCUCUCGCUCGAGACAUAGUGCACGAUGUGCACAACCACGGCCUGAACUUUGGCAUCACCAGCGCAGAGUUUCAGGCAUCAUCAGGGGCAAGCAGCAGUGAGGCGGCUGGAAACAGUGCAGGGGUCGUGGUGGGCGCAGUGCUGGGCUCCCUGCUUGGAGUGGGUUUACUUGCAGUUGUUGUUAUGCUCUACCGUCGUGGCAUUAUUAAGAUACCCAGAAUGCCUAGCAUCCCCACAUUUAGCAAAUGGAAGAACAGUAGUGACAUUGGGGAGCUUGGUGGCACCUUGGACCAGGGCUUUGACAACCCCAUGUUUGACAAACCGACUAUGAUGCCUGAGGAACCAGGGCUGUAUGGGACAGAGAUGAUAAACUCAAUAACCCUAACUCAAUCAGGAGUGCAUUUUGUAAAUCCUGUUUAUGAUGAAACUGAUUUUAGUGCAUGAAAGGUUUAGUAUCAGUUGAUCUGAUAGGGGAUGUGAUGGCAAAAUAUUAUGAAUAUAAACUUAUUAAGGAUUUUAACACAGCAUGACAAUCCUUAAUGAUUUAAUCACAAAACCACACAUUGAAAAAAAAAAAAAUUAUUAUAGUACUGUAUGUUGUGAUGGAAAGCUCUCACAUGCUGAAUUUCAUAUUACAUAAUCAUAUUUCUCUUAAUAAAAAAUUUUGAAGCAAUUGAGAUUUUUAGCUAUAUUAUUAUCACAUUACUAUUUUUAAUUCAGGGUUAAAUUCCGGGAGUUUAACACAAACAUGCAUUUGAUGAAUAAAUUAAUAAUACCACUCCUGAACCUGUUUUGGCUUCUUGAUGUGCUAAAUGACUUUGGGUUUUUAAAAAGAUUCUUGAUGUUACAUUACAGGUUCUUCAGAUCAGCGUUUAGACUUUUUUUAAAUGAGCGGUUUCCUGGUCCCAGAGCCCUGCAUAUUAGCAAGUCUCUUUUAUUUGACAGUUCAGUUCAUGAAGCACUCUUCUGAUGAGCCGACGAUCUGGAUCGGCUUUAUUAAAUAAGAAGAGCAUAAGGUACAAAAUGUGUAGGACCCAGGCUGAAAAUCUCUUUAAAUCACCAGUUCCAAUUACCCUGUUUAUAUCUUAUUAAGAGUGUAGUUUUGAAUGAAGGCGUUACAUAUAUGGCUGUAAUGCAGACAGCGGAAUUUCUACAUUAAAUAUAGUGUAAAUCUAAAGGUUGCAACCUCUGGUAAAAAUCUAAGCUACUGUCCUACCAGGUAAGAUAAAGCAUGAUAAGCCUUCCCUCAUGACCUUACUAACUCUGGUUCAGUGUCAGGUGGAGCUGUCAUCUGGAGUACGUGCAUGUUGCUUUGUGUCUUUCAGUUAGUUCUGAUGAAUCAUAUAUGAUCUUUGUCCUGAUGUCAGGAAGGACAUUUAGCAUAAAUAUUGUCAUAUCCUAAGGGGUCAUUUGUUUCUUCAGCCAUUACGUAUACAGCCUUUUCUUCUCUGUAGGCUUUGAACAGCCCUGUAAGAGAUCACACUUAUAAUAAAAGUUUGCUAAACCCUAUCUAUACUGCUGUUUGCACUAAGAGAUGCAGCACUUUAAUACAAACCAAAAUGUAUUGUCCAGAACAUUUCCCACUUUAAAGGUCAACAUGUUAAUCAAAACAAAUGAUCAGACACACAAAAACACAUUUUGCUAAAAUUUCAAUUUUAUGAAUUUAAUAGUUACGUACCAACAAAU